AUGGCGACGACGGCCUGCAGGGCCGCGCACCCGUCGGCGUCGCGGCUCCCGCACUGCCUCUCGUGCGAGUGCUGCCCAGGGCGGGGGCCUGCGCGCGUGGGGGACUCGACUGCGGUCGAAGAUCGCGACCGCGAAGCCGAGGCAGACGACUGCGUGCCCUCCAUCUGGGCGACGCUUCUCGCUGCAGAGGAGGAGGAGUGGGAGGGCGGCGACGACCCUGUCGCGCAGCUGAAGCGCGGAAAGGCCUUCACGGGGCGCGCCAAGGGCCUCCUCUGUCCCUCGCAGCGCUGCCGCACCUGGCUCGACUUGAAAAUUUGGUUCGGCCUCGAGGACAGGGACCUCUCCAAGCCCGAGUUCGACGCUGCUUUCAUCCCCGUCAGGAAAGACGGCAUUGGGUUGUUUGAGCACUUUGUGGAGAUCGGCACGAAGACGUUGGAGACGAUCGCAGAGAUGUUUUUCUUCCACCACUACAGCGUGUACGAGGCGCAGGGGUGGACGCAGGCCUCGACGUUUCCCGCGGUCAACAGAGAGAAGUCGGAGAUCGUCGCUCCAGUCCCGCCGCCGAUUCCGCCAGACCUCGCCUUCCAUGUCCCCGCGCAUGUGCCGCAGCUGCUCUACACACAGAAACACGCCGAGCGCGCCUGCUCGCCAACCAGUCUCUACCGAUUCGGCGUCGCAUACCUCGCGGGCGCGCAGGGUCUCACGACGCGAACCUCCGUCGUCGAGUACGUCCGCGCAUGCAUCGGCUACGCCUGCUGCUGCUCUGACCACUGCAGCAAAAGUCUCUACGUCUGGGGACCCAACCUCGUCGAGCACAUCUACUGGACGCAGAGAGUCCUAAGCGGCAGCACACGAGAGGAGAGCGCCUUGCUCCACGACCUUUACGAGUACUUCGGCUACACAGGGCCGACUCUGAGCAGAAAGAUCUUGCGGGCGCUCGGCGGCACCGAAGACGCGACCAUCACCGCGGCUCCGCCGGGCGAGCGUGUCCUUCGGGUGUACCUUCAGGAGUAUUUUGAGCAGCUUGCGCGCGAUAGCGGCGUCCCUUGCGAGAACCAGAUGAGCUGGGCAGCGCGCGAGCUUGAGCACUUCCUUGAGAGCCCGGCGCUUGCUCUCUUCGCGUCUGUCGUCUUGUCGCUCGCUCCUUACGUCGCCGAUGGGAACAAGGACGGAGUUCUUCAGGAAACCAGCGACGUUCCGCCUUCCACGUCUUACGUAUCGACUUUCUUGACUCUCCUGAGUUUGUGCUGGAGGGGCGAACAGGAGGAGAGAGCGCGCGUGUGGAUGAAUGCCUUAGUGAAGCGGCUCCGCCAGCUCCAGCUGAUAGCCGAUGUGGUUAGACAAGACGAACAGAACCAGAAGGACCGCCGGCGAAGAACUCACGCCUUCGAUUUGCGGCGAAUGGACUACGUCAAAGACGGUCUUCUGGGGAAGUACCUCAUCUGGUCAAAGGCAUUUGAAGAAGCGGAGGCAAACCGGCAGGCCGCGCGGAUCGCGGCGGAGGCCGACGGUCGGCGGCUGAAGCCAACGCCUGAGGCGCUUGCGCUCUUCGCGCGGGCGCCUGCCUCUUGCGGCGGCUCCCCGGGGUGUGCGCUUCUGGAGCGCGCGCUGGCGGCCUUCGAGGGGCGACGGGUCUCUGGCGCGCCGGGCGACGCGGCGCCGGCGGCUCGCAUCGGCGCGUUUCCGCACUCCUACGGGAUGCCCGACGCGAGGGGCGUCUGGGCGAUUCGCGACAAGUCUGGCAAGCUGCACUACGAGAUGCUGCUGGUCGGAGCCGCGCCGCUGCCCACUGUGGCCUCUCGGAAGGCGCAGUUGGGCGGCACGGACGUGGGCGAAGCAGGGGGGGGGGGCGGCGCCAAGCUGCGUCAGUGGCGCCGCGGGAGGAGAGGAGCGACCGGCUCGAGCUGA